AUGCCACCAAAGCAAGCUUCAGCAGGCGCCCGCGGUCGCCCCAAGGGCAGCACAAACAAGCGAGCGUCGGCGGCGGCAACAGCAGCAGAUUCCGCCGAGUCGAGCGACCCGUUUGAUUCCCCAGACGAGCAAGCCGGAGAAGACGCAGCGCGAAGGCGGACAACAGCACGCCGGGCGAGCAACAGCGCCGCGGCCGCGACGCAGGAGGAUGAGGGGCACGCGGAGGCGGAGGCGGAGAAGACGAUACCGCGGGAGCUGCUGACGCGGGUGCUGCACGAGUUCUUCGCCAAGGACGCGACGAGGAUAUCGCGGGACGCCAACGCGGCGGUGGGGAAGUACGUGGACGUGUUUGUGCGGGAGGCGAUUGCGCGCGCGGCGGUGGACAAGCGCGGCGGGUUCCUGGAGGUUGACGAUCUGGAAAAGAUUGCGCCGCAGCUCCUGCUGGAUCUAUGA